AUGAUUUCAAACGCCUAUAUCGAUGGAUACAUAGAGCUCGCGUGGAGAAUAGUAUCGACAUCACCACAACGAGCUCCAUCGAGCUACACUCAAAUGAUGAAACUAUAUAACCACUUCAGAACCAAACAUGCCACCUUCCUCAAGGAGUUGAUCAUCAAUUCUCAGCUAUCACCCACCAAUUUGAUAAUUUCAUUGUAUUACCUCUACAAGUAUUACCACCAGAAUACAAUAAUAUCCACCAGAUUGGAAAAAGCUGAAGGUGGAGGUUCAAAUGAAAUGGAGAUGGACUCAAUGCAUAUUUACUUGAUCGUCACAUCCAUAAUAUUGUCAAACAAGUGCUACGAUGAUCAAUCAUACACGCUAAAGACUUGGGCUAUUAUCAUCAAUAACACUUGUAAAACCAGCUGUGCUGGUUCAUUCAACGUUGACUUACAGUUGCUCAAUUCGAUGGAAGCCUACUUUUUGAGCUCACUUGAUUACAAGAUAUCAUUUAAUGGUAUAACUAAUGACGAUUCCUUCUGGUCGUUAUUUGAAUAUAAAGGUGAUGUGGUCAACAUUGACGAAACCACCUCGUCAAUGUUCAAAUCUUUGGCUGGAUAUAGUGCUGCAGAGAUUGACGUUUCAACGCCAAUCGUCACACAACAAUACAACGAACUAAAUCAACAACCAUACCAGCAACCAUAUCAACAACCAUAUCAACAACUGGCAUUGUUUAUUAAUCCAAUAACACCACCACCACCAUUAACCUGUUCUUGUUCACCACUUUAUAAUCAACCACAACAAUGGUCGUCUUUGAAUUAUCCAUUGACACCGGCACCUUCCCAAUACGAUUACAACUACAACAACUAUCAACAACAAUGUUAUCCACAAGCAAAAUAUGUGCUUCCAAGUGAAUGCUACGCAACAUACAAGCCAGUGUACAAUUCGUUGCUCAAUACGUAUACACUGACACAACUUUAUUAUUAA